UGGAAAUGAGGCCUCUCACGCUGUGUUUGGCUGCUGCACUCUUUGCAGUAUGUCACAGCUGUUCUUCAGGAAAAGAGUUUAUCACAGGUUUUCUUCCAAACUACCAAAAACAAGGAAAAUCCACAGACCACAGACUCCACUUGGUCCUGACUGCUCAGGAAUCUGAGGCCAAAGUCCACAUUCAGGUGGCUUCAGUCAAGUUCUCCAAGCAGCUGACCCUACGUGCAGGGGAAACUCGUUGGGUUUCUUUACCAUGUGGAACUGAGCUGCAGAAACUAUACGUCAGUCCAAAAUCUGCAGUUCGAAUCUCAUCGAGCACUGGAAUCUCUGUGGUCACCUUCAACCGCCGCACUAACACGGGAGACGGCGCAGUGGUUUCCCCAAUUCAAGAUCUAGGCACUGAGCACUAUGUAUACACACCCCCACCUGGGAGACAUGGCUUCGACAGGCUAGUUGGUAUCGUAAACGGGGACAGCCAGAACAUGAUCACCAUAUUGCCAGCCAGUGAUGCAAAACUCAGAGGGGGAGCGAAGUGGAAUAAAGGGAAAGCGGUGACCGUCACCCUGCAGCCCUACGAGUCCUAUCUGAUACGAAGUCAUACCUGUUUGUCAGGCACUCAGAUUAAAUCCCAGAAGCCCGUGGCGGUGUUAACUGGUCACCAGUGUCUGGACCUCAAAUUUGCGUGUGAACAUGUGUAUGAGCAGCUCCCCCCUGUGGCUAAAAUGGGUAAGGAGUACAUUGUGCCCUUCACUGGGAACUCCAAAACAACUAACGUAGCUGUGGUUAUGACUGGUGAAGACGACGCUGAAUUGACGGUGUGCCAAGGCCAACAACCAAUGAAACAUAUUCUGAAGAAAGCGGGACAAAUGUUGGCCAUUCCGAUGAAAAUGAAGCGUCCUCUGAUGGUUAAGAGCAACAAGAAGGUGAUGGUGCUGCUGCUUAGCGACAACAAACCAAGGGACCCCUUCUUGAUAACUCUGAUUCCGACAUGCAAGCUGUCCACUGAUUGGGCGGUGGAGACAGUGGACGGGUUAAAAAGCUGGGUUUCCAUUGUGUCACGGAGGGAGGGGGCAAGCAGUGUGAAGGUGUGUAAUAAGGGGCAGUGCUUCUCAAAACUCGAGUGGUCCAGCGUCGGCUCAGAUAAUGUAUGGGUGUCGACAAAUGUCAAAGUGGGAAAACAGCAGAGUCAUUUCACAGUGGAAGGAGAUGUUCGUAUGGCGGUCUAUGCCUAUGGUGGAAAUAGAGCCCAUGGGUUUGGAAUCGCUGGAGUCUGUUCUGGAGGUAACACUCCACCACCACCACCCAAAGAUCCCUGUGAAGACGUUACAUGUCGGUCAAAGGAGAGUUGUGUGAAUGGAGAAUGUGUCCCUGUUUCCACGGCAACUUGCACAGCCAUGGGUGACCCCCACUACACAUCGUUUGAUGGACGUCGCUUUGACUUCCAGGGCACCUGUACCUACAUUAUGGCAACAGUGUCAGAAAAAGAUCCUACCCUUACUCAAUUCACUGUAACAACAAAGAACAACCAUCGAGGAAGCCGCCGAGUUUCCUACGUGAGGACUGUGACCGUGACUGUAUACGAGCAGACGAUAGUCAUCAGCAGACAUGGAGGACGAGUAGAGGUGAACGGGGAGCUUCAGUACCUGCCUGUCAGUCUGUUGAAGGAUAAGGUCACUGUGAGUAGGAGUGGGUCCUACGCUGUCCUGAGCACUGACUUUGGCCUGGUUGUAAAAUACGACUGGAACAUGAGGCUGUUGAUUACAGUUCCCUCCUCAUACUAUGAACACAUGGGAGGACUUUGUGGGAACUACAACGGAGAAAGGAAGGACGAUCUGCCGGACCCCAAAGGCAACAGUAUCCCAAUAGUUCUGGAGAUGAUCAAAAAGUGGAAGGUGAAGGAUCCAGAUCUGUUCUGUAACGACAACUGUGGCGGUCGCUGUCCUCACUGUUCCCCAAAACAACAGAUUCACUUCAGAAAACCCACACUGUGUGGGCUCAUGACCAAAGAGGACGGCCCUUUCUCCGCCUGCCACAAAACCGUCCAACCCUACCCAUUCCUGGACAACUGUGUCUAUGACGUCUGUGUCACUAAAGGUGCCAAACAGAUUCGUUGUGAUAACCUGAAGAGUUAUUAUGACACCUGUUUGUCACAAGGAGUGAAAAUGACCGCCGAGUGGAGAGAGCACUCCGGAUGCACCCCCUCGUGUCCAGCUGGAAGCCACUAUGAGGCGUGUGGUACAGCGUGUCCUAACACUUGCUCGUCCCCAGACAUUGCAACGCGCUGUAAGUCUCCCUGUGUGGAGGGAUGUCAGUGCGAUAAAGGAAGGGUGCUCAGCGGAGACAGAUGUGUCCCUAAAUCUCAGUGUGGAUGUCAGCAUGAUGGCAAAUAUUACCCAGCAGGCACCAAGUUUUGGGGGGAUAACACCUGCUCCACCAGGUGUAAAUGUGUCAAUGGUAAAACAAAGUGUGAUAAAGUCAGCUGCAGGAAGAAUGAGCACUGUGGGCUUAAGAAGGGAGUCAGGGACUGUUACGCAACAUCCUUUGCAUCAUGUCAGUGCACCGGAGACCCCCACUGCAUAAGCCUGGACAACCGGCGCUUUGAUUUCCAGGGUACAUGUACCUACGUCCUCUCUCAGCUGGUCAAGGGGUCCGACAAGGGACUGGAGCCGUUCCAGUGUCUGGUCCAGAAUGAGAACAGGGGACGGAACAAGGCGGUGGCCUACACUAAGUCUGUGUCUCUCACCGUGUUCGGUAACGUCACUGUCAGCUUGAGUAGCACCAACCCGAGAAAGAUAAUAGUGAACGGUCAGUCAGUCAACCUGCCGUUCUCGUUUGAAGACGGAAAACUUACCGCACACAAAGGGGGAAGGUUCGGCGUUGUGAAAACAUCAUUUGGUUUGACGCUCAGAUUCGACUGGCGCAGUUACGUCAAGGUGACUCUCCCCAGCUCGUACAACGGGGAAACUGCCGGUUUGUGUGGAAACUACAACGGAAAACCUGGCGACGACUUCACCAAAUCUGACGGCACCCUGGCCAAAAAUCCCAAUCAAUUUGGUGACAGCUGGAAGGCCGGAGGAGACGUGGGCUGCACCAGUGACUGUCCUGGAGGUAAAUGUCCAGAGUGCGAACCUGCACUGGUACUUCGCUACCAGGAGGGGCGCUACUGUGGCAUCAUCUCUGACAAGGAAGGACCAUUCGGUCAGUGUCACAGCAAACUGGACCACAAGACCUUCCUCAACGACUGUGUCUUUGAUAUGUGUGCAUACAAGGGCCACGCCUCCGCUCUGUGCAGCAGCCUAUCAGCUUUCAGCACGUCUUGUCAGGCGGCGGGAGCUAAAAUUGAGAGUUGGAGGACCAAAAAGUUCUGUCCUCUGCCAUGUGGUGCAAACAGUCACUAUGAGGUGUGUGCCUCCCCCUGCCAGCCCACCUGCAGCGGCCUCAGCAUACCUGAUGACUGUGACGAAGACGACCCCUGCACAGAGGACUGUGUGUGUGACGACGGCUAUAUACUGAGCAACGACAAGUGUGUUCCUGUGGCCGAGUGCGGAUGUCAAGACGGAGGGCAGUACUAUCAGGAUGGACAGGUGUUCUACCGCGGACAGUCCUGUAACACUCAGUGUGUGUGUUCAGAAGGACAGAUAAAGUGUGACGCCACCUUCCACUGUUCACAACACGAGAAGUGCGUUCUGAAAGACGGCGCCGUCUCCUGUCAACCCAAAAGUAUUGGUUCCUGUUCGGUCAGCGGAGUCAGAAACAUCCGCUCCUUCGAUGGAAAGGAGUAUCCUCUGUUGGGAGACUGUCUCUUCACGCUGUCAGCGGUGCAGAAGAACGAUGGGGGGAAGACGCCCUUCUCCGUGUUGGUGCAGCAGAAAACAGAUAAAGACGGCUCUGUCACUCGCCGCGUUGAGGUUCAGGUGUAUGACUCUGAAAUCUCCAUGGAGACAGGGGUCAAUUGGGAAGUUAAGGUCGACGACAUCAAAGUCACCCUUCCCGUGUCACUGGCUAAGGAAAGGGUUCAAAUACAACAAAACGGUGUCAACAUCAUUGUCGAAACUGACUUUGGUCUAAAGGUGACCUAUGACACUCAGUCGGGUGUGGUCGUGCAUCUCCCGUCGACCUAUCACAGCGCAACCAGUGGCCUCUGCGGGAACUACAACGGCGACGUGUCUGACGACCUGGUGGGGGAGAUCGGAAAUCCGGAGGACACAGCUGCGGCCUCAGUUGUUGAGGAGGACGAAGACGUCAAGUGUGACACAAGCUGUCAGGAAGCUUCCUGUCCUAAGACUGAUAAAGAGAAGGACCCUGACGCUGAGAAAAACUGUGACAUCAUCAAAUCAGCACAGGGCCCAUUUGAAGGAUGCCACUCUACAGUUAAACCUACUCCGUACUAUGAUGCCUGCGUCAGGGAGAUGACGUCACGCAAAGGGGACAACGUCCUCCUGUGCAGUCACAUCCAGAGUUACGUCACCGCCUGUCAGCUCGCCGGUGCAAAGAUAAAGGAGUGGAGGAGUGACAAGUUCUGUCCAUUGAAGUGUCCCGCUGGUAGUCACUAUGAGUUGUGUGCCUCCUCCUGGCCCUCCACCUGCUCCUCCCUGCAGAGCUCAGCUCCCGCCUCAGCUUGUCAAGAGGGUUGCCAGUGUGACGACGGCCUCAUGUCCGACGGAGCCAACUGUGUGUCUGUGGAGAAGUGUGGCUGUGUGGUGGAUGGACAGUAUUAUAAAUCGGGCUCAUCAGUAAGAGCAGGCGACUGUUCAGAGAUCUGUUCCUGUGAGGCCGGAGAGUUCAGCUGUAAAGCCUCAAGCUGCCAGCAGGGGGAGGAUUGUCGCAACAAGGACGGAGUCACUGGCUGCUUCCCGAAAGACCCCUGUGCAAAGACCAAUUGCAGGGUGAAGGAGCGCUGCGAGGUGAAAGAGGGUCAGGGAGUGUGUGUGCCGGAGUCUCGCGCCAUCUGCUGGGGAUCUGGGGACCCUCACUACAGGACGUUCGACGCCAAGAGUUACUCAUUCCAAGGAACCUGCAGCUACGUCCUCGUCAACACCACAGGAGCUGAUUCAUCCCUGCCAGCGGUAACGGUGACCGUGAAGAACGAGCUGCGAGGGAACUCUGAGGGCUCCUUUGUGCAGUCAUUCACUGUGGAGAUGUUGGGCCACAGUAUUUACAUCCCCAGUGGUCCAGAAGAUAUCGUAGUGGUGG